AUGGUUCUAAUAAACGUCCCCGUUGGUGAAGCGAAAAAGGGCGAGACUGCCCCAAGAAGAUCUUACAGAGUUAAAAAUGGUGCUGUUGUCAGGCCAAAGGGCUAUAAAUGUUCGACGGUCUAUGAGUACUUCAACGAAGUUGUUGAGAGACAUGGUAAAGACAAGAGAUGUCAGGGAUGGAGAGACACUAUUAAGGUGCACACGGAAUUGAAGAAAGUGACCAAGAUUGUCGAUGGACAGGAGACAAGUGUUGAUAAGAAGUGGAUUUACUAUGAGAAAUCCGAUUAUAAAUAUAUUACCUUUGGUCAAUUACAAGAAAUUGUCAAUAACUACGGUAAAGGUUUAAUUGAAAUUGGAAUUAACCAUUCCAAUAGUGAUAAAUUACACAUUUUUGCCUCAACUUCUCCAUAUUGGAUGAGGACCUUUUUGGCGGCUCAGACUCAAGGUAUCCCUGUGGUGACUGCCUAUGAUUCUCUUGGUGAAGAAGGUUUGACUCAUUCUUUGGUGCAGACCGGAUCCAAAGCCAUCUUUACUGAUAAUGAAUUGUUGGGGAAAUUGAUCAAUCCUUUACAAAAGGCAACCGAAGUCAAGUUCAUUAUUUAUUCUUCUCAAUUGGAUUCAAAUAAUGAAGCUAUCGAUGUUGAAGCAUCUAAGAAAAAUAUUGAAGAAAUCAAGAAAGUUAGACCUGAUAUUAAAUUCUAUUCGAUUAAUGACGUUAUCAAGUUAGGUAAAGACAAAAAUGAAUCAAUUGAAUUCCAUCCUCCAAAACCAGAAGACCUGUCGUGUAUUAUGUACACUUCCGGAUCAACCGGUCCUCCAAAGGGUGUUGUUUUAUCCCAUGCCAACAUUGUUGCAGGUAUAGGUGGUGUUUCCGUUAAUGUUCCAGAUACCAUAAUUACUCAAAGGGAUAGAGUCAUUGCCUUCUUACCAUUGGCUCAUAUCUUUGAAUUGGUUUUCGAAUUGAUUACAUUCUAUUGGGGAUCAACUGCAGGUUAUGCUAACGUCAAGACCUUAACUGAUGCAUCUUGUAAAAAUUGUGAAGGUGAUAUGAAGACUUUCAAACCAACUGUUAUGGUUGGUGUUGCUGCUGUUUGGGAAGCAGUUAAGAAGGGUAUUAUAUCUCAAAUUGAAAAGGCCCCACAAACUACGCAAAAGGUGUUUUGGGCAGCAUAUCAUGUAAAGGAAACUUCUAAGAAAUACCAUAUUCCUCUUGUUCCAUCUCUUGUUGAUACGGUUAUCUUUAAGAAAAUCAAAGCAGCAACCGGUGGACAUAUCCGUUAUAUGCUAAAUGGUGGUUCUCCUCUAUCUGGUGAAACUCAAAGAUUUAUUACUAAUACUAUUGGCCCAAUGCUUAUUGGUUAUGGUUUAACGGAAACUUGUGCAAAUACUUGUGUCCUCAUCCCAGAACAUUUCGAAUUUGAUGUCUGUGGAUCUUUGGUUGGUUCGGUUACUGUCAAAUUGAUUGAUGUUCCAGAAGCCGGUUAUUUUGCAAAGAAUAACCAAGGUGAAAUUUUGAUUAGUGGUGCCCCAGUUUUGAAGGAGUACUAUAAGAAUCCAGAAGAAACUAAGAAGGCUUUUGAAUACGAAGAAGGCUGGUUCAGUACUGGUGAUAUCGGUGAAUGGACUUCAACUGGUGCUUUAAAGGUGAUUGAUCGUAAGAAGAACUUAGUUAAAACCUUAAACGGUGAAUAUAUUGCUCUUGAGAAAAUCGAAUCUAUUUACAGAUCAAAUAAAUACGUCUUGAACAUUUGUUGUUAUGCUGAUGAAAAUAAGGUCAAACCAGUUGGUAUCAUUCUUCCAAAUGAAGCACAGGUGAAGGAGUUGAUUUUUAAAUUGGGGUUGGAUAAGAAGGCAAAAUCUGCUUCUGAAAUCGAAAUUUCCAACUUUAUUGAGAAUAAAAAGCUGGUGAAGGAAAUAACCAAAUCCGUUUUAGACACUGGUAAAUCUGGUGGAUUGAACGGUAUCGAAUUGAUCUUAGGUUGUGUCCUUGUUGACGAUGAAUGGACUCCUGAAUCAGGAUAUGUUACAUCGGCUCAAAAGCUACAAAGAAAGAAAAUUCUUGGAAGCGUCAAAGAAAGAGUUGAUCAACUGUAUGCUGAGAACCAAUAG